AUUCUAGCGACAAACAUGAAUUCUAAGAAGGAAAAAAAAGGAGACUUAUCGCCAGCACGCUACAUUGUCGCGUUCAACAUGUCUCCUAGCUUAGCUAGGCCGCCUUUAUAUAUACGCAAUGGUAAAGAAAAUCACACAGGAAGCCCAACGCCUUACACUGCUCUCAAGGAACGCCUGCCUGAUUUUGCUACUUAUUUAGACUCGUUACUCUCUAAUAAGUAUGUCAACUCCAUCACAUUCUAUGAAUUUGAACGUUUAACUGCCGUUUACCGAAAGAAUAUCAUAAGGAAUGGCUUGCGAUCGUUUACCAACUUGAGUGAGGUUCGUUUCGGGUCUUGUGACAGCUUCAAGAAAAGAAUGAAUGGGCCAAAGGUCCCUUUUUUGGAGGACUAUGAAGUGUCACCGACUCGAGGGUUUAUUCAGGAUGAAGAUCCUUUGCAACAAUUACCUGAAUACUUCAGUCCAUGGGAAGAGGUUUGUGAGCGUUUGCCAGAGAUGUGGAAAGAUGAGACAACACGCCAUUGGAUUGAACAGUUACCUCUCCUAGACCAUAAUAAACUGACUUCUGCUCGAGAGUGGUGGAGAGCAAAUCUUGUACUAGUGCUGAUGUCACAUUCCUAUGUUUGGUGCGAGGGUGAGACAAAUCCAAAAAAGGUUUUGCCCAAGAGCGUGGCUGUACCCUUAGUAGGUGUUUCAGAACAUCUAGGAAUGCCUCCUAUUCUCACGCAUUACUGCUAUGCCAUUUACAACUGGAGAGUCAUAGAUAUUUCAAGACCUCUUACAUUAGAUAAUAUUAAACCUAUCAACACUUUCACUGGUACACCAUCUGAAGAUGGCUUUAUCACUGUGGCUGUACAAGUUGAGAUGGAGUUUGGCAAAAGUGUCACUAGUCUCAUUGCUUCACAGAAGGCAGUGCUAUCGGAUGACUGCCAGCUGCUGAGGAAAGAGCUCUUCUCAGUACAACAGAUGAUUUCCCGGCUAACUAAUGCUCUGCUUAAAAUACAUGAUGUUUGCAAGCCCAGAGAUUUUUACUGUUUUAUUAGAGUUUUUCUAAAUGGGUGGCAGUCAACUUCUGCAUUACCAGAAGGACUGAUCUACGAAGGAGUCAGCUCUACGCCGAGACAGUACCCAGGAGGCAGUGCGGCCGAGUCCACUGUGUUCCAGGUUCUUGACGCUUUCCUCGGCAUUCGUCACCAUUCCCCUUCGCGAACUUCGUUUCUAAAACUGAUGCGUAAACACAUGCCGCCCAAACAUAACGAGUUCAUCACUGCCGUGGAGAAUGGUCCGUCUGUACGCCAUUACGUGGAGAACAGUAAAGAUCAGCGGUUACAUGAGCAGUACAACGCAUGCGUGACAGCCCUACAGGAAUACCGCAACGCACACCUGAGCAUCGUCACCAAAUACAUCAUCAUACAAGCAAACAAGGACCCUGAAAACCCAAACCGCCGACUCGCCAACAAGGGCACUGGGGGCUCAGAUUUGGUGAAAUUUCUCCAGCGUGUGCGAGACGAAACGAAGGAAUCUAAAUUACCAUCGACGAGCUGAUAGGAACGGCGCCACUAUAUGCGGAGUUCGCGAGGCAUAUAGGAACUAUGGAACCUGAUAAAUAUUUUUUGCUUCGUUUCUUAGUCCAAGAGCGAAGCUUGUAGGCCAUAAACGAUGCUAAAAUCCGAUACUCCAUAAGUUUUCAUGAGCAAACGAGGACAAAAAGAUUUUUAUUAACAGCGUUCUUUCUGCUUUUAUUAACGAGAACACGAAAAUGUUGAAAAAAGGUAAUAUUUUAUAUCUUUUUAAAUUCAAAUCGGUAAAUAAAUGACAAUAAAGUUUGUGUUAAAUUUA